UACCAGUUUUCCGGCAUAAACACCUUUUGCUUCUAUUGGCUUCACAAUUGUUGCUCACAAUCCUGUGUUUUUCUCCUUCACGGUUUAUAGUUUAUGCUAGCUACUCAUGGUAAACACUGGCCUCAAGCUUCUGGGUGGAUGGUUCAGUCCAUUCGUUUGGAGGGUUACGAUUGCCCUCAACAUCAAAUCUCUGGAAUAUGAAAACAUUGAAGAGACCUUGAACCCAAAAAGCCAGCUUCUUCUCCAGCUAAAUCCUGUUCACCAGAAAAUCCCAGUGCUCCUUCACGGAGACAAACCCAUCUGUGAAUCUAGAAUCAUCGUCGAAUACAUAGACGAGGUUUGGAACUCCGGUCCCUCCAUCCUACCUGCAGAUGCUUACGAUCGAGCCAUGGCUCGUUUCUGGGCUGCCUACAUCGAUGACAAGUGUUUUGUGGCCAUGAGAAAUGCUCUUCUUGAAGAAGACGAAGAAGCAAGGAAGCUAUACCUGGAGGAAGUCGAAGAUGCGCUUGUGACAAUGGAAGGUGAGUUGCAGAAACGUUGCAGAGAAGAAGCAAAGGGAUUUUUUGGAGGAGAAGAAAUUGGGUUGGUUGAUAUUACUUUUGGAAGCUUGCUGCGUUGGUUGAGUGCGAUAGAGACUAUGAAUGGAAGAAAGUUGAUGGUUGAAGCGAAGCAUCCUGGAUUGGUGAAAUGGGCAGAAAGAUUCGGGUCUGAUCCUAACGUGAAGGGGUUGAUACCUGAAACUGAGAAACUCAUUGAAUAUGCAAAGGCUCUUCAGAUGAAAUUGAAAGCUGCUGCGGCUUCUGCAGAGUGAAAUGAACAAGAUUUCUGUAGUGAGAUGAUGAACAUGAACUGUAUUUGGUCUUUGCAUUAAAUUUUCUUCUAAGCUUUUGGGAUGUAAUGACAGGGAUGUUUGAGUAGCAUAAAAAGUACGUUUUACUUUUCUGCAGUGGAAAUAAACUUCUUUUCUUU